CAAAUCGUUUAUUUUUGAUUAAAAAGUGGGUAAGUUGGCAGGCGUAAAUUAGUCCUCCCUUAGUUCUGUAGUCGAUCGGAGAUCUGCCGUCUUCCACAAUGUCGAGCUAGGCCUGGAACUGUUACUGAAAUCAGGCUAUGGAUAUCCUGGAGGAUGAUGUAAUUUCAGGAGGAGAUCAGGAACUUGAUACUGAUCGCGAACACGAGCGGAUACUGAAGGAAAUUGAAACAACUGACACAGCCUUCAUCGGAGCAUCGUUAAGGGCCGUGUGUGAAGGAAGUGAUCAUGACAAAUUUCUACAAAAGCUUGACCAACGAAUCAAACAACAUGAUAGAGAUAUAGAACGUUUGUGUAAUUUUCAUUAUCAAGGCUUCAUUGAAUCAAUCACUGAAUUGAUAAAAGUUCGUGGAGAUGCUGAGAAAUUGAAGAAUCAAGUUGUUUUGAUAAAUAAUGAGCAGCAAGAGUCUGGUAAGGAAUUAUGCAGAAAAUGUCAAGAUUUAAUUCAAUGUAGAUUGCAACAACGGAAUAUUGCUUCUGCCAUUGAUGAAUUAACUAUGUGUUUACCUGUUCUACAAACAUAUGGGAAAAUGCAAGACCAAAUAAAAGCUGGGAGGUACUACUCUGCUUUGAAAACGCUUGAAAAAUUGGAACAUACUUAUUUGCCACCUGUUCAUAGGUAUAGAUAUUGUGAGAUUAUGAUUGAAAAUAUUCCGAAAAUCCGAGAGCAUAUCAAAGAAGUUUCAAAAUCUGAAUUGAAGGAUUUUCUUGAAGUUGUUCGUAAAAAUUCACCGAAGAUUGGAAAACUUGCAAUGUGUCAGGUUGACCAGGAAAAAAAUUUCAAGUUAUCAGAAGCAGAUGGUGCUAGAACGAGCAACAACUUUUUACUCGGUCAAGAAAGUCUAACGGAAGUCGAUCGACAUCUAAUGUCAAACAGCCAUAAAACGUCAAGUAAAAAGAAAAGAAAAGCACCCAAGAAAAAUCCUCCAGAAUCCAAUAUAAGAAUUAAUCCUUUUGAUCAGUCUUAUGACGACUUGAAUUCCUCGAAUCCUUUCGCAGAAACUAAUGGAAUUUCUUCUAAUCCAUUUGCUGAAGAAAUUACAGAUGAAACUGAUGGUAAUCCAUUCGCGGAAGGUGAUGGAAUCACAGAUGAGCAUGAUAACGCCAAACAAUUAUUAAGUGAGAAUUCCAAGGACGUUUCACCUUCAGAUUUGAUUGACUUUUCACCAGUUUAUAAAUGUCUACAUAUAUUUGGAAUUCUCAAGUUUCGUGAUCAGUUUGAAAAAUAUUAUAGAAUUCAGAGAAGAACUCAAGCUGAAAUUGCAUUGCAACCACCCAACAAUAUGCAUGAAAGUUUAGAAGGUUACACAUCGUUUUUCCAUCAAAUUGUUGGUUUCUUUGUUAUCGAAGACCACAUUUUACACACUGCAAAUAAUCUUGUUGAUCAAGCCUAUAUAGAUAGCUUAUGGGACAUGGCCUUGUCGGAAAUCGUAGCUGUUUUGAGAACGGAUUCUGAUUAUUGUGGAGAUGCAGAUAUGUUGAUGGCAGUGAAAAAUCAUAUUGUUAUAUUUGCCGACACAUUGAAGGCAUACGGUUUUGAUGUUGACCAAUUGUUUUCAUUACUGAUUGAAAUGAGAGAGCAGUACAGUGAUAUUUUACUGAAGAAAUGGUCAAGAAUUCUUCAAACUAUCUUCGAUGAAGAUAAUUAUACACCAAUUCAAAUAACAAGCGACACAGAAGAAAUGGAAUUGUUAUCUUCAUUUCCUUAUGAAGAUGUUGAAUUCAUAAAAGCAAGUUUUCCGAAACAACUUCCAUUUUCAAGAUUUGUUCCGAGAGUGUUCAAUGAAAUCAAAAGUUUUGUUAAAGCUUGUCUUGAAUAUUGUGAAGACCUUCAUCUCAGUUCAACAGAAGUGGAUGACAUGAUACGAAAAUCUACCAAUUUGUUAUUAACAAGAACAUUGAGUACUGAACUACAGAAACUCGUACAGAAGCCAACUCUUGGACUCUUGGAGCUUGUACAAAUCACAAUCAACACGUCAUACCUGGAGAAUUCAUGUAGUCAUGUGGAAGAAUUUGUUCAUAGCAUAACAGGUGUAGAUUCCUCUGCAUCACACACUGCUAAACUUGUUGGAGUAUCUACUUUCAAAGAUGCUAGAAGUGAAACUGAGUCUCAGAUUUAUAUCAAAGUCAACAGUAAAGUCGAUGAAUUUUUUGAACUGGCUGAAUAUAACUGGAGCAUGUCAGAAGCAAUGGGAACUGCAAGCAGUUAUUUAUUGGAUUUGAUUGCUUAUCUAAGACAUAAUUUCAGAGUUUUCAGUCACUUACCAGAAAAGGUGGCACAAACCGCUUGUAUGUCUGCCUGCAAACACAUUGCAACCAGGUUGAUGGAAACCUUGAUGGAUCGAGAUAUUCGACAAAUAACAAUGGCUGCCUUACAACAAUUUAAUCUUGAUGUCAUGCAAUGCGAAUUUUUCUCAAGUUCUGACCCAGUUCCAGGUUUUCAAGAUGGAGUUUUGCAGAUGAGUUUUCUUGAACUUCGUCAAUUACUCGAUCUGUUCUUAUCGUGGGAUUGGUCAUCAUAUCUUGCUGAUUACGGGAGUGGAAACAGCAAAUAUUUGAGAGUCGGUCCCGCCACUGCAUUGUCAUUAUUGGAAAAGAUUCGUGAGGACAGCAAACGUCGUAAUAUAUUUACAUCAUUCAACAGACAAGAACGGGAAAAGAAAAAACUCCUGGAAACUGUUUUAAAACAACUUCGUAAUAUUGUCAAUGAUUGGACCCUUCUCUGUGUGCCAUAUAAUAAACUGAACAAGAAAAGACAGGAAAGGUUGCAGUACUAAAAGUACGGAAGAUAGCGAUGACCGAAUAUAUGAACAUUAAGGUGAUUCUGUUUCAGUAACAUACGCCACUCAGAUAGCAGAAGCGCAGCUUCUUGUUAAAACAUGUGAAAAUAUUUUGCUAACAACUGACCAUAGGAACAAUUUGAAAUCAGCUAAAUAUAUUAAUCUAGGAAAACACUUUGGAGUGUAUAAGCCGUUAGUUCAGUAAUGAAAAUUAGAUUAACAAACGACAAUGGGAUUCGGGACUGGCACAAAACUGUUCUUGGAAAGUCGUAAUAAUCAGCGAACUUGACCUUGUUUUCACAUCAAUAACUUUGACGUGGUUUUCUGAAAUGAAGAAACCUGUCUUUUGAGUUCGAUACGAAGCCGAACUGGGUUCCUAACAUUUCGAGUCCUGUCACUCGUUGUCAGUGAUUAUAACAAACAGCCAUGAAUUUGUUCUGUGCACUUUUGAUUUUAAACAACCAGUAAUGAUAUAUUUAUUCUGGUGAUAUUGAAAUUGCGAUGUUAUGGUGGGCACUGCUUCAACGAUAUGCAAUGCAUGAUGUACCACACAAUAAAAACAAUUUGAGCAUCAUUGUAUAUCUUGGAUGAUGCAGCCUUUCCGCGACAUGGAGUAAAUGAAAUGAAACAGAGUGAAUGAAAUAUAAUACUCUGAAUUUAAAGCGAAUAAGAAGUUUAGUGAUAGAAACUGACCACCAAUAUGAUGAUUGACUUGAUGUCAUCAAGCUGGCGAUACUGUUCUGAAACAAAUAUUCAACAAUAACCUACAAGAGAUAUGAACUUCUGAUAAUUCAUGUACAAGCCAGUUUCAAAGUGGUCAACGUUCAGUGUUUCAUGUUUUAUUUUUCAAUUUUUAAAGGUGUGCCUUUUAUUUUAAAGUAAGUAUAUAUUCAUUUGUGAUACUGGUGCUUACAGGAGCUAAGUUGCAGUCACUGUAUGUAAAUUUCCUCAAGAAAAAAAAAUAACUUUGAUUUUCACAACACUUAUAGAUUUAAGGGGGCUUUCGUGUUUUAAGCAUACAUGAGAAUAUGUUGUUCUAGUUAGUAAAAAUACUUCUAAAUCCGUAUACAACUUGUCACUGAUAUUUUUUCGAAAAAUUUCAAGAGUUAUUUUCCCACUGACAUGUCAUAAAUUUUCUGCUGUAUAUAUUGCUUGGCAAACCGUACGUACUUACCAUGCUAUAUACAUAUAUGCAAUAUAAUCUUGAGGUGUGCAAUAACAUAUAUAUGGACCAAUUUUGUGAUAUCAAUGUUUUUGUGUCUGUAAUAGUACAGGUAAAUAUACCCAUUUUUACACUUUUAUACAUUUCUUCUCAUUGUUGAAUUGAUCUGUACAUUGUGAUUGUUUGUAUGAAAUCAAUAUCAUGGCCACUUAUAUGACUUGCAACCAGGGUGGUAAAACCAAACGAAUUUUUUAUUGAACACUUGUUUUAGAGGGGUUUACCAUGUUGGGAUUGUUUAAUAUAUCUUUAAAUGCAUCUUAAAAUUAGGAAAUCAUCAUCUAAAUCAGUGUGUUGCAAACAUUCAAAAUCAAGUACACCCAAAUAAGAACGCAUUAAAAGUCGAGGCCGUUUCUAAUUCGAAAUGUUGAUAUGAAAUUUUCCACAAUCCAAGUCAAUGUACUGUAUUUUACAGACCAUAAGGAGCACUUUAAAUCUAUUUUAUCUCAAAACAUAAUCUAUUGCUACCCAAUCCGUUUGGUUUUGAUCAUCCCUGUUUCAAGCAUUGUUUUAUAAAAAACACUACUUUGAAUUGAAUAAUUGACCCCUUCUCUCUAUCCCCAAUUGUAUAUUGUUUGUUUUCAAAUAGUUGCACAAUAAUACUUUUAUAUAUCUUUAUAAAUAACCGUUACGGUACUGACUUAUGUAUUGUAUUUUAUAGACUGAAAUUAUUGUUUGUGUGAAAUGCAGACAAAUCGGAUUACUAGUUUUUGUAAAUAAUAACAGUACAUUCAUAUAAAGGAGUGAAUAUAU